ACAAAGAGAAGAGGAAGAAGAGCUAACGGGUUUCCGGUCCGUCCAUGCUGAUUCGAAAAACGCAAAAAUUCAGCUUCUCUGAUUCUGAAUUUAUUUUAUUAAUUUCAUCAUGUCCAUUAAAUUGAACGCUCUCUACAGCGACUCAUAUGUGGAUAUAAGCCAGUACAGAGACCAGCAUUUUAAGGGUAACAGGUACGAGCAGGAGAAGCUGCUGAAGCAGAGCUCGACGCUGUACGUGGGAAACCUGUCCUUCUACACUACAGAGGAGCAGGUGUAUGAGCUCUUCGCCAAGAGUGGAGACGUCAAGAGGAUCGUCAUCGGCCUCGACAAGGUCAAGAAGACCGCCUGUGGCUUCUGUUUUGUCGAGUAUUACACGCGAGCCGACGCGGAGCAGGCCAUGAGGUUUGUGAACGGCACGAGGCUGGAUGACCGGAUCAUCCGCACGGACUGGGACGCGGGCUUUAAAGAGGGCCGACAGUACGGCCGGGGCAAGUCCGGCGGCCAGGUGCGGGAUGAGUACAGGCAGGACUACGACCCCGCCAGAGGGGGUUAUGGGAAACUGGUGCAGAAAGCCUGAACGUGAACACGGACUGCCGGGAAUGCGAUUUCUGGGAUGUGCAGUGGCGGACUGAGAUGUGUGUGUGAUGUACAUAUUAGAGUUUAGAAUGUCCAUGCCUGAAAUUCAUCUAGUCUGGCAUUUGUACUUACUUUUUUUUUUUUUUUUAAUAAAUGCUUUUUUAUAAA